CUCCUCCACAAUCAUGUCCGAGUACGCCAACAAGAAGACGUGCGGCGCCUUCAUCGCCGCGGUAUUCGCGAUGCAAGGAUUCAACAUUCUGUGCGGGGGAAUCGUCGCCCACAUCGUCUCCAGCGCGUUCGAUCACGCACUCAACGCGCCACCGUACUCCGCCAACAGAGCUGCGUCGCUUCCCCCUCAGGCCGACUACGUCUGGCGGAUAAUCCUCAUGGUCGGAGCCAUCCCGGCCGCGCUGACCUACUACUGGCGGAUGAAGAUGCCCGAAACCGCCCGCUACACGGUGCUGGUGGCCAACAACAAGAAGCAGGCGAGGGAGGACAUGGCAAAAGUGCUGGCCGACGUCAAGCAGCUGGAGGAGAUCUAGGUCGAGAAAGUCAGAGUCAUCACCGAGGUUUCCGACGACAAAUUUGGGCUGUUUACCCGCGAAUUCCUCAAGCGCCAUGGGCUUCACUUAUUGGUGACGACGUCCAUGUGGUUCCUCCUCGACAUUGCCUACUACAGCCAGAAUUUGUUCCAGAAGGACAUCUUCACCGCCAUCCACUAGAUCCCGUCGGCGGCAACAAUGAACGCUAUCCACGAGGUUUUCAAGGUGGCGCGUGCACAGACGAUCAUUGCGCCGUGCGGGACGGUCCCGGGGUACUGGGUCACGGUGGCGCUGAUCGACAAGAUGGGGAGGAAAAAGAUUCAAUUGCUGGGAUUCUUCGGCAUGACCGUGUCGAUGUGUGUGCUGGCGACUUGGUACAACUACUGGCUUCGGCACUACGUUGGGUUUCUGGUGUUCUACGGAUUGAGUUUCUUUUUUGCGAAUUUCGGGCCCGAUGCGACGACGUUUGUGGUUCCGGCGGAGAUAUUCCCGACGAGGCUGCGGUCGACGUGUCACGGGAUAUCGGCGGCGGCGGGGAAGGCCGGGGCAAUCGUUGGCGCGUUCGGGUUCUUGUACGCGUCGCAGUCGAAGGAUCCGGCGAAGGUGGACAAGGGGUACAGCCCGGGGAUUGGGAUGCAGGGGUCGCUGUUUGUGAUGGCGGGUAUCAAUUUACUGGGGAUUCUGUUCACGUUGUUGGUGCCGGAGUCAAACGGGAAGUCGCUGGAGGAGCUGUCCGGGGAGACUGA